ACACACACACACACACACACACACAUUCCUUCAAACGGUGUGCAUACAGAGAGAGAUUCAGUCCACUCCCUAAACACACUCUGACUUACAUCACACUCUGUACUCUGACCGUCUUAUCAGAGAGAGAGAGAGAGCGAGCGAGCGAGAGAGAGAGAGAGACAGAGAAAGUGAAGGAAAACACAGAGAGAAGGACGUUGGGCGAGUGACAUAACGGGGGAAAUAGGAGAGAGAGAGAAACUAACAGAAACUCCGAGUUAGUUUGGAAAUGACAGCUGAACACACACAAACCCAUCUGUAGAGCUCGGCCGCCAUGUCUAAAGCGACGGUGAAGAAGCUGCACUGGCGCUCCAAGGUGCAGGAGAGCUUCGUCCCGCUGGGCGGCGGCUCCGGAGAGCUCGGUCUGGCCAUCGGGGGCGGGGCCGACUACGGCGAGUUCCCCUUCGUCACUGCAGCUCACGGGGGCGGGGCCACGGUGAGCGACAUCAUCUUGGAGAUCGGGGGGACGCCCGUGUUAGGGAUGACCCUCGGUGAUGUCAGAGGAGUCCUCAACUCCUGUCCUCAUCCAAUCAGAAUCAAGACCGUCUCGCCAGGUUCGUCCCUCUGUAAGGACCUCAGGUUGUACCUCAGCAAGUGUUUCACUCCGGGCUCCAUGGACAGUCAGCUGCAGCAGCUCAUCAGAGAGAACCUGUACCUGAGAGCUGUCCCCUGUACGACCCGGCAGCCUCGCGACGGGGAGAUCUCAGGUGUGGACUACAACUUUGUGUCCAUCGAGGAGUUUUUCUCCCUGGAGGAGUCCGGAGCUCUGCUGGAGAGCGGCAAGUUCAAAGGGAACUACUAUGGGACGCCCCGCCCAGUACACAUCGGCCCGGAGAGUCCACCAAUCACAUACCAGGAGCAUCGAAACCUGCUGAGGAACUUCAGGACGAGGAGCAAAUCUUUGAGCAACCUGGAGAAAGCUGUAGAGGAGGGAGACAACAGUGAGGAGGACAGUGGACUGUCAGCUGGUUCAGCUGGAGCCCCGCCCAACACCUUGCCUCUCAGCCAAUCAUGGGAGUCGGCAGUGGUGAGUCGUGACGGAGUGGAGAACGGAGGAGUGCGAGGCGUGGGGAGAGGAAGAGGAAGAGGAGGAGGAGGAGGAGGAGGAGGAGGAGGAGGAGGAGGAGGAGGAGGAGGACCGCUGCCUGAGAACUGGGAGCUGGCCUUCAGUGAUUCAGGAGAGCCGUAUUACAUCGAUCAUAAGUCAAAAACGACCAGCUGGCUGGAUCCUCGAACUCAGAACAAAGAGACGACUUCCUGUACAGAACUCCCAGAGUUCACGGAGCAGCCGAGUCAGCUGAAGGGUUACUCCAUCCACACGCGGCUCUCCAAAGGUCCCCGAGGCUUCGGCUUCAACAUCGUGGGAGGAAGUCGACCCAGAGAGUUCCUGCAGGUGUACAGCGUCACACCUGGAGGACCGCCUGCACUGAACACAGCGGACAUCCUGGUCUACAUCAACGACAGCUGUGUGCUGGGGCGCUCUCACAAGGAGGUGGUGGAGAUGCUGAAGUCGGUGCCGAUGGGUCAGAGUGUGGACGUGGUGCUGAGGAGAGGUUACCCCAUGCUGUAUAACCCUGAUGGAUGUCCCAAACAGAGCCUGGAGACGCCACAAAACCCCUCCAACCCCCCCAAUGGGACCCGCAGCCAGACACACCUCACCUACAGCCGCCCGCUGGACGCCAACGGAAGCACGCCAGGAAUGAGCCAAACCCCACCCUCCUACACUGCUCAGCCAAUGACGAAUGGUCUAACGGGCCCACCCACGCCCACUUCCUCUGACACCCCGCUGGGGCCACCCCCUCUUCCAGAGAGAACGUCAGCCAAUCACAGCGACUCUGAUGGCGGCAUGUCCAGCAUCGGAACACGGAGAUCUUCUCUGAUUCGUUACAACAGCAGCACUCUCCCCGCCCUCUCCUCCUCCGGCCUCCUCCACCAUCAGAGCUCCAAGUCUUCAGAGAGCGACCUCUCUACAUCGACUCUCCCCAUCUCCUCCUCCACGCUCCCCAUGACAUCUUCGUCAUCCCACAUCAUGUCCAAACUGCCCCUCUCUCAGCCGGAGACGGGCCUUGUCCAAAACUCCCCCAGCCCCACCUCUCCCAACAACCCCAGCACAUCCUCCACGCCUCCUGGCGCUCCUGUGCAGCGUCCGGCGAUGCCCCAGACAUUGCUCGCCCUGACCCCACCCAGAGACGUUGCAACGUGCGGCUUUAACGGCUGUCCGGCCAAUCAUCAGGCACCCUCCCCCGCCUCCAGAGGGAACUCGGGGCUGGUGCUCCCUCUUGGAGCGGGGUCGCCCGGAUCGACGCCAAGCGGAGAACUCGUACCAGUGCCCCUUGGGCGCAGCGAGACUGGGGGGCUGGGGUUCAGCGUGACAGCAGGGGGGCAAGGAGGUCAGCUGGCUGUGGUGAGGAGAGUCUGGGAUCGAAGGCACUGCCCCUCUCUGCAGCCGGGGGAUGCUAUAGUGAAGAUAAAUGGAGCGGACGUCCAGAGUCUCAGCUUCUCACAGGUCCAGAGAGUGCUGCAGGAACACACCAAACAGGGAGAGGUGGUCCUGCUGGUCUACAGAGGAGGUCCACUCUCUUCCCCAGUCGUCACCCCCAACAUGUACAAGUCCCUCCCCUCUCCACACAGCCAGGCCACACCCUCUUCCUCACACCCCCCAACUUUAGCCGACUUGCCUUCCCCGUCCACGGGUGCCUUGGUGGGGGGCGUCCCCCCACUCAACCAGGCCGGCUUGGUCUUGGAGAGUCCCCAGGAGGGACACCUACCAGCCCCAGGGACCCACCAAGGGACCCCUCCAGCCCAGACUCCUAACGGCUCCCCAGCCUCGGCCCUCAUCCAGAGCACCAGCUUCCUGGACUCGGUUCCUGUGACGCUGACUUUAGAGCCGCGGGAUCUCCUGGGAGUGGAGGAGAGUGCGGGGGGGCCUCCUCCUGUCAGAGGGGGAGGAGCAAUGGGCGCAAUAUCCAAGGAUGGAAGAGGAGCGAAGAUGGUGGAGGUGGAGCUGAGGAGGCGACCGGGAGAAGGCUUUGGAUUCGUUAUCGCCUCUCAGGAAGUGACCAAUGGGGCCCCUUCCCUCAUGUCUCACCGGUUUGUGACGGUGCGGCGGGGCAGCCCGGCGGCUCGCAGCGGGCAGAUUCAGCCCGGGGACCAGCUGGAUGCGGUGGAGGGCCGAGCUGUGGGGGGGCUACAGCACAGAGACCUCGCCCAGAUCCUGAGGAGGGCGGGGAACACCCUGAGACUGAGCAUCACCCCCCGACACCACUCGUCCUCUCUGUCAGAAGGAGCAGAGUUGGACAUUGAUGGUCGGGUGAUGAAAGGAUCCAGAGGGAGGUCAAAGGACGAGUCCAGGUUCUACAGCGUGGAUCUUGAACGAGGUCCCACGGGUUUCGGUUUCUCUCAGGGGGGCAGCGAGUACAACAUGGGGCUUUAUGUGCUCGGACUGAUGGGGGGGCCGGCCCAACGCAGCAACAAGAUACAGGUGUCCGACCAGCUGGUGGAGAUAAAUGGAGACAGCACGUCGGGGAUGACUCACAGUCAGGCUGUGGAGCAGAUCAGGAGAGGAGGACAUCGAAUCCACCUCGUCCUCAAGAAAGGAAACGGAUACGUGCCCGACUACGGCCCUGAGGAAGGAGCCCUCUCCCCCUCCUCCUCCUCACGCACAGAGGAGCAGGAUGCAGACACAGUAACCAUGACAACCGCCUCCUUCAGCCAGCACAGGGGAGGAGGCGGUGGUACAGCAGGAGGAGGAGGAGGAGAGAGCAGGAGGAGGACGAGGAGAGAGGGUGUAACCAAAAGAAGAACAGGAGGAGGAGGGGGAGGGGGGUUAGGGCCUCCUGAUCUGGACCUGGACCUAGUGGAGGAGGAGGCAAGGGAGGAGGGGAGGAGGAGGGAGGAAGAGGAAAAGAGGAAUGAGGAAGAGGAGAGGAGGAGGAGAAGAAGUCAGACAGUCAAGCAGAAGGAGAAGAAGGAGAACCAGAGGGAGCAGGGGAAGAGGAGUAAGAGUUUACCCAGCAACAGUGCCCCGUCCUGGGACAUGGCGCCGCCGGAGGAGAGGUCGGAGGUUGAGGACUCCGGAGGGAGAGCCAAGGAGAGGAGGAGGAGGAGCGAGACAAAAAGCAGGAGGAGAGUGAUGGAGGCCGACCCGGAGGAGGAGAGAGACCACAGCGCCACCGGCAACGCAAAGCAUUCUGGGAGCUCCGCGUCUCCUCAGAAGGCGCCGUUUUCCUUCCUCAUGCCGAUGAGCGACGAAGACGAGCGACAGCCCCUCUCUGACAGCGAAUCGGCAGCCAGCUUCUCAGAGGUCAGCCUAUCGGCAGCGAGCAUCGCCACCGCAGGCUGGAGGGAGGAUUCCGACUGGGGGAGAGGAGAAUCACCAUGGCAACAGGGGAACACCCCCGGCCCGUGGCUGAAGCCGACGCCGCAGAAACUGACGCAGGUUCUGGCUGGCAGUCGGCUCAGUGGGCGGGAACUAGUGGGUGGUCUCUCUCUCUGAUUGGCUCACAGAGAAGAUGUUCUCUUUUUUUUUUAAUCGGCUAUAUAAGGGCUUUUUGAUUGGCCAGCUGAGAGAUGACCCGCCUCUGCCUGCGUCUGAUUGGACGACAGACAAUUUCUGUUCGGCGGAAGAGCAGAAAAAAAAGACUUGUUUUUGAUUGGCAUGUAAGCGGGUUUUGAGGCCUCUCAUUGGCCAAUGACGUAACAGCUGACACACAGAGCCACCUAGUUAACAAACAGUUUUUUUUAAUACCCAUAAUGCCUCGGUGCAUCCUGGGACCUGUAUCACGAAGCCAUAUUAGAGUUGAAUCGAGCUUCACAUUCUGGUAUCACGACGCUGGUUCACUUUAACCAGCGCAAGUCGUCAUUGUGACCACGUUUUAUCACCAUGGUAACAGUUGCUAACCUUCUCCUGAGCAGCCGGUUAACUUCAUCCUCACCACUGACCAAUCAGCAUCCAUCCUACAGCAUCCUCACAGGGACAAAAAGUACAGAGUUUACUGUAGAGAAAUUGUUUUUAAAGUGACAGGAGGAAUCAGUGUUUGAUAGCAAACAGGCCCGCUAUCUUAGUUUGGUUGCAACUUUAUUUUCCCUCUCUCUCUUUCUGUUGAAUGUCAGAAGAGAAAAAUAAUGAAUGAGAAAAGUAAAGCGAGCUUAAAUUAGCAAUUAAGAAGUUGUGUUCAAACUAGACGACGAUGGAGGAAGCAAAUAUGUUGCAAAGACUCAGGAGUGAGUGCUGCAGGCUGAAAAAAACAUUCUGUCUGUGUGUGUGUGUGUGUGUGUGUGUGUGUGUGUGUGUGUGUGUGUGUGUGCAUGUGAGGAUGUGUGAGACAGCAGCAGGUGAACACACACACUCACACACCUGCAGUCGUUAAACCAGCGUCAUGAUACCAGACCCUCAGGACCCCUCAUGUCUGGGCCGAUACAGAGCCGCUCCUCUCUGUCUGCGAUGAUGUCAUCAUCUUCAUCAUCCUCAUCUUCCUCUCUAAACCUGUAUGCAAACAACGUGAGAACCUUAGAGACUCAACCUCUCACCUGUGAGGGCGCCGUGUGUGAUUCUGUAACCUGAGCAUGUGAAUAUCACUGGAAUGAUUUUUUUAUUUUUAUAAACAUGUAAAGGCUCAAUGAUGUUAUUAUUCUUCAUAUUAUUCAUAUUAUUGUUAUUAGAGAUUAAAUAGAGAUGAACUGAUUUGCCUGCUUGCUUGUAAAAAAGAAAAAAUUAUAAUAAUUUAACCCUGAUGAUGUAACAGAGCCAUACACACACACACACACACACACACACACACACACACACACAGUUCAGGUCCAGCUGUGGUCCUGUUGGCUGUCAAUAACCAUAACAUCGCCAUGGCAACCUGGCUGACAAGGAUGCCCUGUUUCUAUAGCAACAGCCAUGGAGGAGCAGGCGACGACCUGCGGCUCCGGUCAUCAAAGUGCCUCGUUUUAUUUCAGCCUCCGUCUGCACAGGGAACGCCGCCAUGACACAUCACAUCACUUCCUGUUCACACCACAUCACUUCCUGUUCACACCAUGUCAGCACUUUGGGACCCUGUUUUUGAUUAACAAUAGGACUGAAGAUCUGACUUUAAAAAAAAAAAAAAAAAGCAGAAACGAUGGAUCAUUAAAUUAACAGAUCGUAUCGUUUUAAAUCUUGUGCUAUCAGAGAACAUAUCGACGACCUUAAUUUAGAAAAUCGAUGGUUGCAGCUGCUUCCUAAAUGCUAACAGAAGAUGUUUUUAUAUUUUACAUUUUAAGACAUUUCCCGUCAUCGUGUUCCUGAACUUCAGUCCGGAUUUUAACAGGAUCCAAAUGAAAACCAGGACCUCCUGAUUCUACCUGAGUACAUCAUCUUUUGACCAACCCAAUUUCUAGAUUUCAUCCAAUCAGAUUUCUUUAAACCCCCGCCCCCCCGCGAACCACCAGCGUCCCUCAGUCAUCAGAUCGAUAAUUAAAGACGAUCAGUUUCAGGGUCGAUGCAGAAAACAUCCAUCACAUCACAUCACAUGUCCUGAAGAAUCAAAACAUUAUCUCACCGUCUGUCUGUCACCUUCUCAGCUACACUACAUCUCCCACAAACCUUUGCGCUGCCCUUUAGCCCCGCCCCUCAGCCCUGCGCUCUCUACGGGCAUUAUGAUCUUUGUCUUCUAUGCAUUUUCUAAGACUGUCAGCUGAUCGGUUCGAUGAUCAGCUGAUCGAUCGGAGCUCGGACUUUCAGGAUCUGCUCCAAAGACAAACAGGAAGCAGCGAGGUCUGAACAGGAAACGGUUUGGUCUUCAGACGGCUGGAGGACGGUCACAUGACUGAACUGUUUGUUGCUUUAAUAAAACUUUAAACUGA